AUGCAUUUAGGAAUUGACUUGCUUGCUGGUAUAAUUCCUGAAUUGUGCCUGAAACAUCCUGAUUUGCACUUUCUCAUUGGUGGUGAGGGACCCAAACGAAUUGUACUGGAAGAAGUCCGGGAAAAAUACCAGCUUCAUGACAGAGUACGUCUCUUGGGUGCCCUUGAGCAUAAGGAUGUGAGAAAUGUUUUGGUGCAGGGUCACAUUUUCCUGAACACUUCUCUGACUGAAGCCUUUUGUAUGGCAAUAGUUGAGGGAGCAAGUUGUGGCCUGCAGGUCGUCAGUACCAAGGUUGGUGGGGUGCCAGAGGUUCUACCUGAGGAUCUUAUCAUCUUGUGUGAGCCCACUGUAAAAUCCCUGUGUGAAGGAUUGGAAACUGCCAUUACUCGGCAACGGCUAGGGAUACUGCCACCAGCUGAAAUAAUCCACAACAGAGUGAAGAAUUUGUACACAUGGAGAAAUGUGGCUGAGCGCACUGAAAAGGUUUAUGACCGUGUGGCCAAAGAGGGGAUACUGCCGAUGAAUAAACGGUUGCACAGAUUAAUGACCCACUGCGGUCCUGUGGCUGGCUGUAUUUUUGCUUUAGUUGCUGUUUUGGACUUCCUUUUCUUGGUGUUUUUGAGGUGUAUAGUUCCAGAUGCAAUGAUUGACAUCGCUGUAGAUGCCACAGGUGUGAAUGGAGCUUGGAAGCAACAAGAGAGACUUUCAACAAUUGAAAAACUUAGGAAAACUCCGCCUUGCUCUGAAAGGAGCAGUCGCAACGUGCAAACUUGACACUUGAUUUAUAGCUGCUUUUGGACUCUGGAUUUAAAUCCUUUGGGAUCGUCAAAUUUUAUCAAGUUUUUCUGUUUUGUAAAACGGUGACUUUGUCUAACUAUUUUGCUACCUUCUUAAGUAGCCCUUAUGAACUUCAACUGCAUGGAAAUUAAAAUGGGAUUUAAUAUAGAUA